GAAUGCAGUUGGGAGGGGUCACAUUCUCCUACACAGGAUGAGGCUGGGCUGGAUCAGUGAAAUUCGACACGGAGUUCAGAGUACAGGGGGGAGGGGAGAGGUUUUCAUUAACAGUCACAGUAGUAAUGGUGGUCAUACCUCCCAACAUUAGAAGAGAAAACGGUGUAGAGAAGAAACAAGAAAGUAUAAUAAAUACCGGAUACUGAACAUUUUAUUCUCUAUAUUGAAAUGGACAAUACUCCAGUGCCCAGGAAAUCGUUAGCCAAAGAAGCCUAUUGGUCAUUGAGUCAUGAGGAAAGACGCGCUAUAAUAGUAAAACAAUUAUUGGAUAGAUUUCCGGAUUCUGAGAAUGAUCGCGCCUUUCCAUGGAAUCCGCCUGCUCCUUCUUCUUGGAUCUUACGAUCGCAAGUGCCUCCUGGUGACAGAGUAGGGAAAUUACACUGGUGUUUGUGCCAGUGCUGUAUAGAAAUGCCGACCCAAAAGGAAUCGAUGUGCUGUAGAGAGAUCUUAAAGGUCCAAGGACAUAUCCCUGAGGGGGGAAAAUGCAUCACUGAAUCGGAAACGUUCCGUUCACGAAUUGCUACAGAGGAACCCGUCCGCCUGAUGUGUAAGGUGCUGCAGCUAGAGGAGCGUCCUUUUGUGGAUCCCGACAACAACCGGCGAUUAAGGAAAACUGCCUAUCGUACUUUCAUUGCAUGGAUCUACGGUAUAUAUGGGAAGAAGCACGGGGUGAUCCCAUCAUGUGCGGUGAAAGUUGUGCGAGAACUUUUUCCAGAUCCUGACGGCAAAUACGUCAACUUCAUUUAUUCCCAAGACUAUAAUGCAAAUGAGAUGGCAUUUCAUUAAAGCAGUAUUUUGAUUUUUUU